UGUUUUAGUUGAGCUGACCGGAAAUCAGUCCAUUUGUUCACAGAGAAAUCAGCUUUGUGUUUUUACUCAUAUUACUUUUACAAACUGUCAAACGUGGCUGAACAUCGGGAAACAUGGAACAAGUCGGGAACAAGUAUUUGCGCCAGGAUUAUUUCAGUAGCUUUGCAUUCCUCAAUGAACAUGCAAUUUGAGGAUGGCAUAUUCAUCAAAGAUUACAUCAGGAUGAUGGCGUACAUGAUCGUGUUUUGUUUCACACUGGCAAUUUCUCUAUCGUUUUGGAUCCUUUCCAUAACUGCCAGCACAUACUAUGGUACUCUGGAACCAGUAUCCCCAUGGCGGUGGCUGUUCUCUGUGCUUGUCCCUCUUUUCAUCACAUUUAGAGCCUAUAAACGCAAAAAUCUUGAUCAUGGUGGUGCCAUAGGAGCGAUGUUGGUUGGCUUUGUUCUUACUAUGGCCAACAUGAGCUUUUUUGGAGCUUUGUUGACCUUUUUUGUCACGUCCAGCAGACUAACCAAGUGGAAAGGAGACAUCAAAAAACAAAUUGACUCAGAUUAUAAAGAAGGAGGCCGGAGAAACUGGUUGCAAGUUUUCUGUAAUGGAGGAGUUCCUACUGAAUUGGCCCUGCUCUAUAUGAUUGAAGUUGGCCCUGGUGAAAUACCUGUGGAUUUUGGGAAGCAAUAUUCUGCUUCAUGGAUGUGCUUAUCACUCUUAGGAGCCCUGGCUUGCAGCACAGGGGACACCUGGGCUUCUGAAGUUGGUCCUGUGCUUAGUAAGACAAAGCCCAGGCUCAUCACCACUUGGAAAUAUGUCCCAGCAGGCACGAACGGCGGAGUCACUACUGUUGGAUUAGUGGCCAGUGUCUUGGGUGGAGGCACAGUGGCAACAGCGUACUACUUCACGCAGCUCCUUUUGGUAAAAGAUCUGCACUUAGCAGUUCCUCAGUGGCCUAUCAUCUUAUAUGGAGCAAUAGCUGGACUGUUUGGAUCUCUGCUAGAUUCAUUCCUUGGUGCAACCAUGCAGUAUUCAGGAUAUGAUGAAUCCAUUGGGAAGGUUGUGAGUUAUGAGUCACCGAGUGUUAAAAGAAUAUGUGGGAAACCCAUCCUGGACAAUAAUGGAGUGAAUCUAUUCUCUUCUGUACUCAUAGCACUGUUCCUGCCUGGGUUUGCUUGGAUAUUCUGGGCUAGGAACUGAAUUGUUCCUAGCCCAGAACAAUUCUAUUACCAUAAUGCCAUUUUUUUUUUUAAAUCAAGCAUUAUUCAAACUCCCAAUGUCUUUGUUUGUACACAUUAUAUUGAGAUUUUAAAAAUGUAAAAAUCACAAUGUGAUGUCAGAGAUCAACACAUUCAAGUAUUCCAUUGCAAUGUAUGUAUACUUUGUGAAAUAAAGUACUCUUACACACAAA